AUGAAACCUGGUCUGGAGCUCAGAGAUGGUCAUAUCCCCACAAUGAGAACAUGCCUCAUCCACAAAUGCCACCUCAGCACGUUUAAUGCCCAGACAUGUGAGGCAGCGAUCGUGACCAUCACCUGGAGCCAGAUAUUGACCACAUCCAGAAAUACACUGGUGAAAGAGCAGUAUACAGUAGUGGGACUUACAGGUCAUGUAUUUGCUGUCGCUGGUGAAGAUGUGAUUCUGCCCUGUGCAGUCAAACCCAACAUCAGUGUUGUCGAUAUGAGAAUUGAGUGGUUUAGACCAGAUCUAGAAGACUCACAAGUGCAUCUCUAUGAGGAUCAUGAAUUCAAAAACAUAGAGCAGAUUCAGUCCUACAGAGGGAGAACAGAACUGAUUCAUCGAGAACUACAGAGAGGAAACGCAUCACUCAAACUCUCUACAGUCCAAGUCUCCGAUGAAGGAAUUUAUAAGUGUUUAAUUAUGUCUAAGUCCUGGUAUGAUGACACCACUGUUGAUGUCAAGGUUGAACUUGUUGGAAGUCCUCCAGUGAUUACUACAGAUGGGUUUGAUCAUUCAGGAGGGCUUCAUCUACAGUGUGAAGCUGAAGGUUGGUAUCCUGAACCUGAACUUGAGUGGCUGGACAGUGAAGGAGUCAGUUUAAGUUCAGAAACUAUAGAGACACACAGAAACACAGACAGAUUCACUGUGAAACACACCAUUACUGUACAUCAGAGUGUCGGCAAGAUUCACUGCAGAGUCAAACUGAAGCAUCACAUGUUGGAGUCACUGAUAAUCACCUCAAGUAAAAUGUUUCAUUCUUGGAGGACAUCAGUCAUCCUGAUUUCAUUUGCAGCUGUGCUCCUUGUGAUUGCAGGAACACUGAUAGUUGUGUUUGUUCAUAAAAACAGAGGUUUCCCUUAG